UUUCAGUUUGCUCCUCCAUAAAACCGCUCUCUGAAGUUCCUACUCGAAUGGCAAAAACAAUGGAUGUAGCAAUAUCUUCGCGUGGAGUAUUUGCUCUUCUUCUAUGGCUCCUUGUCGCAUUAUGCUGCACGUUAACCUCCAUAGUCCGCGCUGAUGAACUUUCUUUAGUUGUAUCUCAAUCUACCACGCUGCAGAUAUCCCCAGGAACAGUAGUGGAAAAUUCUCCUGGCUCUAAGCCAGGAACUAAAGUCAUUUGUGAGAGAGUUCAGAUCCAUGGAUUGUCAAGGCUAAAAAAUCUGAGAAAGUAUGCCCAUUCAUUAAAGGUGAAUGUGUCAUAUCUGAAUCCAAGUGGGCGUCCACCUAAUGCUGAGGUCUGUUUCCAUAGGAAUCAAUCCCUUGCAAUUGGGAUGUGCCCGCCAGGCCAAUGGAUGAAACUAACCAAGGGUUCAUGGGUGAGAUCAAUGUCACCUUUCGAGCACAAGUUCUUGGAUAUUAGGACGACAAGCUCAUCUAAGGAAACUUUUCAGGUCUCACUUCAUGAAGAUUUUUUUUUGUAUCGUGUUGUGUUUCUGGUACUGGGGAUAUUGUUAAUGACUCUGGCAUCCUUCCUUAGCAAGUCUCUAGUAUUUUUCUAUGGUGGUGCGAUGGCAGUAGGGGUUUUUCUUGUGAUACUGAUGGUCCUUUUCCAGGGAAUGAAGCUUCUUCCGAGUGGUAGGAAGAGUUCACUAGCAAUAUUCUUGUAUUCAUCCAUUGUUGGUGUAGGAUCCUUCAUUCUAAGCUAUGUCCCAAAGUUGUUGCGUUCAAUACUCAGCGAGAUUGGUAUUGGGGAAGACAUGUACAACCCUUUGGCAAUAUUUCUGCUGCUUUUCCUCGUGAUUGCUGGAUCUUGGUUGGGGUUUUGGGUUGUUCACAAACUUGUACUUACAGAAGAUGGAUCAAUUGACACCGGAGUAUCUCAGUUUGUUGCUUGGUCCAUUCGAUUUUUCGCUUCUGCAUUGAUUCUUCAGAGUUCUGUGGAUCCUUUAUUGUGUGCCGAGGCGUGGAUAUGUGGAGUUCUGAUCUCAUCAAUCUUGAGGAGAUUAUGCCGUCCCAAAUUUGUUCUGCGCUUUUUCAAGAAUUUAUCACAAAUAGACGCGAGUUAUCUCUGGGAAUCUCAGGAUUCGUACACAUCACCGAUAAAAGGGCCAUAUGAUUCCAGGACGUUCAAGACAAAUCUAAAUAACACAAUCAGCCCAGGUUUUCCUCUCAAGCCACGAAGCUUGUUGUCAGAGAAAGAUACAUUCUAUUCUACUUUCCAUAACACUCCUGAACGGAAGAAGCUUUCGAAGGAUGAGUGGGACAAGAUAACUAAAGACACCACAAAGAAGGCUAUGGAAGACCUCGUUUCUUCCCCAGAUUUUAGCAAAUGGGCUGUUGCUCACGCAGAUAGGAUUACUCUUGCUCCAAAGAAAGAGACGACUGCUAGGCAGAGAAGGUGGUACCAAUGGCUAUGACUAUAAAAUGUUGAUUCCAGUGGGUGGAAAGCUUAGGUGUCCAGACUUGUUGUAACGUGUUCUGCGUUUUUCGCUUAGGUAGUGAUCCUUUUAGUAAAGUAUGUAUUAUGGUGUAAUUCUCAACACAAAAAAGGUAUGUAUAAUGGUGUGAUUACAUUCUUAUUACUCUGAGCUUUUGUAACCUUAUUGACUUUUACAAGGCAUUUGUUACAUUCCGUAUUUUUGCA